UGAUGCCAAAGAAAAAAAAAAAAUAACAACAACAUAGUGCAACAACAACAAUUAUAACCGCUACUACCACCGCCAUCACCACACAGACCGAGUGCUCUUUUAAUGUGUGGCAAUUUGGAUUUAUUCUAGGAUCUUUUCGCAAGAGUUUAAUCGAACUAGAAUUUCGAGCAUAAAACGGAAGACGCAGGAAUUUAAUAUUUCGAAAUUACUGCGUUGAUAUCAACAUUUGAUCGUCUUUCCCUACUCGUUAAUUCGCACAAUCCACAGCCGGCCACCGCGCGCCUUAGCCCUGCGGGGCACAACAUCACGAAGUAGAGACACAACUUUUGAAUCCUUGUCAAAUUUGUUCUCUACCAGCCGAUACUAGAAUACCAUUUCUCCUGUUCUCCCCCCCUCGACAAUUUACGCCCGUCCGCGUCCGCAUCCGCCUCCGCCUCCGUAAUCGAGUUCAGCUACUAGCAACCAUGUCGGUACUUCCGGCCGAGACGCACGCAGAGCUGACACAGCUUCUGCAAGCCCUGCAAUCUCCAGACAAUUCCAUACGAUCUCAGGCCGAGGGUCAUUUGCAAAGUAACUGGACCGCUACUCGACCUGAUGUCCUGUUGAUGGGCUUAGCCGAGCAGAUAGCUGCUCCAAACGAGACAUCACUUCGUUCAUUCGCCGCCGUUAUAUUUCGUCGAAUAGCCUCCAAGUCGCGCAAAAACGAAAAGGGAGAGAGCACCGAGAUAUUUGUCUCCUUACCCCAUGCGCAGGCAUCCAUCAUCCGCCAGAAACUCCUUGAGACCCUAGCCAACGAGAGGGAUCGCCUCGUUAGGAAUAAGAUAAGCGAUGCUGUCGCCGACGUUGCAAGACAGUAUUCAGAAACAAAUCAGCAAUGGCCCGAGAUUCUAGCUGUUCUGUUCAACCUGAGCGUAGCACCGGAUGUAGGCCAGAGAGAGACGGCUUAUCGUGUGUUUGCGACGACACCCGGAAUCAUUGAAAAGCAGCACGAGUCUGCCGUUCUUGAGGCUUUCAACAGAGGCUUCAAGGAUGAUUCGGUGGCUGUUCGAUUAGCUGCCAUGGAGGCCUUCGCUUCCUUCUUCCGAAGUCUCCCUAAAAAGGCGCUGCCGAAGUAUUUCUCGCUACUUCCCGACGUCCUUAACAUCCUACCUCCUAUCAAGGAUUCGCAUGAUUCCGAGGAUCUCAGCAAGGCCCUCGUGGCGCUAAUAGAAUUGGCGGAGACAUCGCCCAAGAUGUUUAGGCCUUUAUUCCAUAAUCUGGUCAUGUUCAGCGUCGGCGUCAUCCAGGACAAAGAGUUGAACGACCUCUGUCGUCAGAAUGCGCUCGAGCUGAUGGCUACAUUCGCUGACUAUGCGCCAUCGAUGUGCCGCAAGGAUCCUUCGUACACGAACGACAUGAUUACCCAGUGCCUCAGCCUGAUGACGGAUAUAGGAGAAGACGAUGACGAUGCCGCCGAAUGGUUAUCAUCCGACGACUUUGAUCAGGAAGAGAGCGACCUUAACCAUGUCGCCGGAGAACAAUGUAUGGACCGAUUGGCUAACAAACUUGGCGGCGAGACUAUUCUCGCCCCCACAUUUCACUGGCUUCCUAGAAUGAUGACUUCUAUGGCGUGGAAAGAUCGGCAUGCGGCACUCAUGGCCAUCUCGGCCAUCUCUGAAGGCUGCCGUGAUCUCAUGGUCAAGGAGCUCAGUCAGGUCCUUGAACUUGUUGUUCCCGCUCUGAAGGAUCCCCAUCCGCGGGUGCGCUGGGCCGGAUGCCAAGCUCUCGGCCAAAUGAGUACGGAUUUUGCGCCUACGAUGCAGAAGGAGUACUAUGAUACCGUUCUGAAGACCAUUAUCCCUGUACUCGACUCGCCCGAGGGUCGUGUUAAGGCACACGCCGCCGCGGCCCUGGUUAAUUUCUGCGAGGAGGCGGAGAAGAGCAUUCUCGAACCCUACCUCGACGACCUCCUGUCUCACCUCUUCCAACUACUUCAAAAUGAGAAGCGCUACGUCCAGGAACAAGCCCUGUCCACCAUCGCUACUAUUGCUGAUGCGGCUGAGGCUGCCUUUUCCAAGUAUUACGACACGCUCAUGCCUUUGCUCGUUAAUGUCCUACGGCAAGAGACCGAAAAGGAGUACCGAUUACUCCGCGCAAAGGCUAUGGAAUGUGCUACUCUGAUAGCAUUGGCGGUUGGCAAGGAACGUCUUGGAAAUGAUGCGAUGACUUUGGUCGAUCUCCUCGCCCACAUCCAAAACAACAUUACCGACGCCGAUGACCCGCAGUCGCAGUAUCUCAUGCACUGCUGGGGCCGAAUGUGCAGAGUCAUGGGUUCCGAAUUUUUGCGUUUCUUGCCAAAUGUCAUGCCUCCGCUGGUGGAAUUGGCUAGCGCUAAGGCUGACAUACAAUUGCUCGACACGGACGAUGAGAUCGAACAGUUCCAGCAAGAGGACGGGUGGGAACUAGUUCCCUUGAAGGGCAAGAUGAUUGGCAUCAGAACUAGCACGAUGGACGACAAGCAUAUGGCGAUCGAGCUACUCGUCGUUUACGCGCAAACCCUGGAAGGCCAUUUCGCCCCGUAUGUUGCUGAUACCAUGGAGAAGAUUGCUCUCCCGGGUCUAGCAUUCUUCUUCCACGACCCGGUUAGAUUUAUUUCCGCGAAACUUGUCCCGCAGCUCCUCAGCUCGUAUAAGAAAGCUUACGGGCCGGAGUCCAACGAGCUCCGAGGCCUGUGGGCUGGAACUGUAGACAAGUUACUGGAAGUUUUAACCGCAGAGCCCGCCAUCGACGCUUUGGCCGAGAUGUACCAAUGCUUCUACGAGUCUGUCGAGGUAGUCGGAAAAAACUGCCUUACCCAGCAGCAUAUGGGAAAGUUCAUAGAUGGUGUCCAUUCAGCUAUUGAAGACUAUAAGGACCGCGUUGCGCGCCGCGAGGAGGACAAGGAAGGGGCAGCCGCUGAAGACGCCGAGGAUGAAGCUGAGGAGCUACUGCUUGCGAUCGAGGAUGACCAAACCCUGCUCUCCGACAUGAACAAAGCUUUCCAUUCCAUCUUUAAGAAUCACGGCGACGUCUUCCUUCAGCCGUGGGAACGUCUCAUGGGAACAUACCAAAGCUUCCUCGCUUCAACAGAUCCGACCCAGCGCCAGUGGGGAUUGUGCAUCAUGGAUGAUGUCCUUGAAUAUUGUGGGCCACAGAGUGUCCGCUAUGCCCAAGCUAUAAGUACUGCUCUUUUAGAAGGUUGCAAGGAUCCUUCAGCUGCUAUUCGGCAGGCUGCCGCGUACGGCAUUGGUGUUGCCGCACAUCGUGGCGGAGCCCCUUGGUCUCAGUUCCUGGCGACCUCUAUACCUUAUUUGUUCCAGGCGACACAAAUACCGGACGCUCGGGGUGAAGAGGCCGUUUACGCUACUGAAAACGCUUGCGCAGCUAUCGCCAAGAUCCUUCAUUUUAAUAAACAAAGCCUACAAGAUCCGCAAGCUAUCGCGACACAAUGGAUCAAUACCCUGCCAGUAACCAAUGACGAAGAGGCGGCGCCAUACGCUUACGGAUACCUCGUGGAAUUGAUUGAACAACAAAACCCUGCGGUAACUAGCCAGGUAGAUAAAGUAUUUGUCUACGUCGGACAAGCUCUCGAGGCUGAAAUGCUCCAUGGCCAACUUGGCGCACGUGUUGCCCGAGCGAUUCAGAUUCUGCUUCAGUCGGCGAAUGUUGACCCAACCCUACUGUUGCAGCAGCACUUUUCACAGGAAGGACAGGCAAUCAUCCGCCGCCACUUCUCUUAGGCGCCUUGACGCGCGAUGCUUUGGGUUGCGAGCCUGUCUGUUCUGAGACAAGAAAGAAUUGCGUUUGAUCUAUGAAGAGCUUCCCGCAGGACUAGCUGCAGGGAAUGAUAACUGGGAGAAAGGGAAAAUGGUAAAAUUCACCACGAUACCACUUAUUAUGCCGAGCUCGGAUCACUACCGAAACAAUGUUUGGCCAUUUUGAUCUCCAUCGUGGUGAAUUACUAGAGGGUGGAGAGCGGAUGAUUCGGUGGCUUAGUCGCAUGGCAGCACACUAUCUUGCCCUUGCGACCUACCCGAAUCGAGCUUGAUUCUUACGUGGGAUCUGGCACAACUGGGCCGACAAAGGAACUUGCAUCUCGACUUGGUACGUAGCAAUAUAGACCCGGUUAAAGAAUACUAUGUAGUGAAGAGGAUGUUUUCGCUAGUGACCGUGGUGCUCAGUAGGCCUAAUCGCAUAUAAUUUUAUGUGUUAAACACCAGGUGAAUUCAUCACUGACGCUGUUAAUGUGUAGCAUUAUAUGUGUAAAAGCUGGUAUGGUUGUGGGUAUGACUACCGAGGGUAACUUGGUCGUUCCAAGAGGUCAUAUAGUACUACUUCUAGAGUUGAAGAUGAGAAGAUCACGCAGUUUCAUGGGCUACGAUCUGUAGAAAUGGUC